AAUAGAGAGAUUAAACGAUUUGCUUCUCGAUCAAGCUCUAUAAAACAGCGUGCACUUCUUCGUCCCCUCAGCCUUCCACACAAUAUGGUCGCGCGAAGCUAUGAAACGCGAAUCAUUGUCUCUUUAAUUUUUUCUAUAAUAGCUGGAAUUGUUUCUCUGGGAUCUGUCUUUGGUUCAUGUCUGAUAAGACGGCCGAGGCAUGAUCCAAAAGCAAUACCGUUUAAAUCUCUCUUCAUCCUCCUUCUAAGUCAAUCAAUGUAUCGUCCUACGUGGUGAAUUUCGUAUACCGGUCAGGAAUGUCCUUGGCUGAUAAUGCAUUUUAGACAUACAGCAUUUGCUGUUUAUUCGCUAUUGAGAAGUCUGAGAGACGUACCACCAGAAACCGUUGAAGCCAUGAUAAUCAUCGCUCAGAUCUGCAAAUAUCUGCAGAGUAUCCUUAUUCUGAAUGUAUUAUACCGGCUUAUACAUGCCUACAAGGCGCAGAAUCGUAACGAUAUUACAAAGAGGAUUCUUCCGUCAAAAAUGCAUAGCAGUACUUUAGUGAGCCUCGUUAUUAUGUCUAUCCCACAUUUCAUUACCUGGUUAUUGUCAUCAUUUGCAUACAGCCCAGACCCAGACUUUCCUCUUUCGACUUGGGGGCUCCAACUUGCGUUCGACGGUCUCGUUAUGAUCGCUUCUCUACAUAUUAUGUUCAAGAUAUUCACAAUCAUCCGGAAGCUAAACAAUGCCCGACGUUCUUCUAUGAAUGGAGCUUCCUCUCUCGCUGUUGGGGGGUUCUUCUUUUCUACCCACAGUCUAUCUCUUCUCGUUGGUUAUAGCAUGAGUCCGGGAACAAGCGUGGAGUUCGAAAUCAUACAUUUUCAGACAUUAGUGUCUCAAACAAUAGUGCCGGCUAUCUGCAUAACGGGGCAAUCCAUAGGCAUUGUCCACUGUUGUAUGCAGAUGCAUAAAUUAGGCAUCUAUGGCCUACCAAGGCCAACCUCUGCGAACGAUGAGCGGGCGCACAUUACUUACGGGCUCUAGCGAGGAAAUGCUCUAGGCAGAAGCUAUCUAGUCGAUCUGGUCUGUUUCCUUUUGGUUUUCAUGUAGCAGGAUUGUGAAGGUGUGGCAGUUGGAUUUAUAACAUUGCAGUAAUCGAAGAGAAUGAUAUCAUGGACUUGUAUUCUGAUCUAGAGGUUUACUGCGUUCCUAUACAUUGGUAGUUCGAUUAAGAGAGCCUUCAGGUUAAUAUGACUAUUACAGACUCCACCUCCCCCUUCUCAUAUUAAACGCAUCGUACAAUCCGGG